AUGUCGACACCCGCACGAAGGAGAUUGGGUAAGUGGUCUUCUCGUACCCUCCUCUGUGCAUCUGCCUUUGGCUCGAUCCGAUCGAGUCACCUCCACCUUGACCAUGACGACGCCCCGAUCGGUCGGAUGACUCGUGGGGGGCCAGCACCGAGAACGGGCCUACCACUGCUCCUGGAGUGCGAGAUUCAUCCUGACCCGUUUUUAUGCCUGCUCUACCCAGUCCGAGAUUUCAAGGCGCUCUCAACAGAUCCUCCAGGUGCGUUGCCCGUUCAUCGAUCGAGGCAAUGAGACCCCCCUCCCCCUCCCCCUCCACUCUGAUCGGUGUAGAACUGAUCGUCCUGCGUUCGUCCACCACGUCACGCACUUGUAGGAGGUAUUUCUGGCUCACCAUGCGCCGAUAACAUCAUGGUCUGGAACGCCGUCAUCUUUGGACCGGGUACGUCGCACCCUCUCUCACCGACCCUCCUCCCCGACUCGACAAGCUGACCAAUCCUGCCUCUCCUCAAUGUUCCCAGCCGAAACCCCUUUCGAAGACGGCACCUUCCGUCUCGCGCUCUCCUUCGACGAAUCCUACCCCAACAAACCGCCAACCGUCAAGUUCGUCUCCAAGAUGUUCCAUCCCAACGUCUACGCCUCCGGGGAACUCUGUCUCGAUAUUUUGCAGAAUCGUUGGAGUCCGACGUACGAUGUUGCCGCGAUCUUGACUUCGGUGCAGAGUUUGUUGAAUGAUCCGAAUCCGAAUAGGUGAGCCGACAACACAAAAAAGUUUGAUAAGGAAUUGGGGUCGGGAGUGGAGAAGCUGAUCAAUUUUGGACUCGGCUUGGUUUAGUCCCGCGAAUGCUGAAGCGGCUCAGUUGUUCAGGGAGAACAUGAAGGUGAAGAAAAUGAGGAAUCGGACGAAUCUCACUUGUAGGAUAGUUCACCGAAGCUCGUGCCAUCUCUUCUCACAGGAAUACGUCAAACGGGUGCGCAACACGGUCGAAGCUUCGUGGAUGGACGACGACGAGAUUGUCAUCGACGAUGCAUGA